UACAAUUCAUUGGCAAUCAAUUUAAACGUUAAUCAAUAAAUACAAGCUAAAACACUUAAAACAUUUAAUUAAUGAUAUCAUUAAAAAAAAUACGAACUACUUCAACUGAUGCACUGGCAUACAUUCGAGGUUGUUUUCGAUAACAAUGGCCGAGGAGUUCCGAAUGCCGGUGUUGGUCUCGAACCAACGACCGAAUGAGUGUCACAACUGAAAAGGGACGUAAUCGCUGCGUAAAUGAUGCGUGUUCAUUUUUCAGGUGUAACCUAGCCAUUAUAUUUAACCACUAUUCGUUACUUCCCCUACUGUUGAUUUGAUCAUUUAAGUUUGGAUUUUUUUGUGUUAAUUUUUAUAUUUGAUGAGUUUCAUUCACAACAUAUUUCUUAUAAUGACAGUAAUACUGGCAAAUGGCGAUAUGCACGAGCCUUAACUAAAUAUAAUGGAGUAUAUGAAAGGUAAAUAUUUAGCCGCUAAAACGUUACUAUGGCUGGGGAUCCUUACCUGCAUGAUUUCUCUGUUAUCGCUUGGAAUUGGCAUCGGUUUAGUGACUCAAGGUGCAUGGUUCCCGUAUGAUGUUGGAGGGGGGAUCAUUGCAGGAGUGUUUGGUCUUUUCCUGUCCAUAUGUCCUAUAUGCAUGUACAGGGACUUUGUCAACGGUGAGGACAGCAGUUGCUGUGCCAUCGGAAUGACAAUAUAUUUCGCCAUUGCUAUCCUGGCAAUGGUAUUCAGCUUUGGUGUAUCGGGCGUGUAUGCUGUUAUUGAGUGUGUUGCUCCAUCCAGUUCAACUAUCAUCACACACGCAUGCAACAGUCCCCAACACGACACCUUGCUGGCCUUAUCCAUUUUAACACUCAUAGUAACAGGGGUGUUGACUGUUUUAUCUCUGGCAGUUUUCUUCACAUGCUGCUGUAACGCAAGUAAAUUCGGUGUUCCAUUGACUUCCGAUUACGUUUCUGGUCCUGACCCCAGCUAUGAGAGAACAGUAAGGCAAAUAGAACACGAGUGGUUAGAGGAACGACGGAGAGAAAGACUUGAAAGAGAAAGACAGGAAGAAAAUCGUGUUGGAAAUUUGGACGAAUGGGGAACUAAUACUGAUUCACAUGCGCCUAGUUUUGUCGAUAUUUCUAGUGCUCAGCCUAGCGCCCCUCCAGUAGAACCAAACCCGCUUGCAAACCUUCCGCCUUCCUAUGAGGAAGUUAUGGCGAAUGAGGACAAAUAUAAAAAGACAGAUACUCCGAGAAGUUCAAACGUAUAGGCAGAUGGGCCCAGUUUCUCGAAAGUUGUCAAGUACUUACUGAACCGAGUACUUAAUUCAAUGUCGAAAAUUCUGAUAUUGAUUUCCCCUUUUCCGUCCGUACGUCCGUCUGAUGGACAAUAUUGCGUCUCACAUACCUCCAGUAUUGUUUAGGCAAACUAAUGAAAUUUACAGGAUAUAGGGUCACUCAGAAGGAACCGAGUUAAGCCCCUUGAUUUUGUUAAUAAUCAUCUAAGUGAAACCUGGUUAUUUGAAUGAUAUGCGUCGUUUUUUGGAUGGCGCCUUCAAACUCACCUAUGGUUUCAAAUUAUUUUUGUUAUGUUUGACAUAAAGUGAACAGACUUUGUAUAUAGGAAGAGUUUAUGGAGACCUUUCAUUGGUUAGUCUAGGGCCCCUAGGGUCAAAGUCAAGGUCACUGUUACUAAAAUUUGAAAAAAAAUGGAUGGUACUGAAUAACUUAAGUAAGGGUUGACAUAUUGCGACCACACUAGGUUCUAGGAAGAGUUUAGGGAGACUUUUCAGGGAAUUGCAUUUGGAGCCCGUAGGGUCAAUGUCAGGGUCACUGUAACAAGGUUUGAUGCUGAAUAACUUAAGUUAAGAUUGACAUAUUGUUUACUUUUUAAUUGAAUUCUUUUUAUUGCAUUUUACAGGCACAUAUUGCAUCAGUAUUGUAUUCAUUUUUUAAGUAAAUUCGAGCUUGCUGUCUUACGAAAUCACUUUUUUUUUAAAAGAAUUACUUGGGGUAACAACUCAAACUAAGUUGUGAGCUAAGUAGAACGUCUUUUAUUAGUGAACGUGUUCUAACCCUUCUAAAAUACGCUUUUUACCUUAAUGCGCUUCAAACGCAGAAACAAAUGCGCAUUUAAUCUGCAUUAAUGCGCUUUUAGUCCAAAAUAAAGACACUUUUAGUUCAGAAUGAAUGCACUUCAGUCACAAAAAGUGCACGUUUUUCCAGUUUUAAGUUCACUCGGAUGAGAAAUACGCUUAAAUACGGUACCAAUACCGCUGCGUUUAAUGCAGAUUUAUUGCGCAACUAAUAAGAAGCUUAUUUAUUAUAAGGAAUUGGUUUGAGUGAUAUAUUUUUAAACCAAGGUGUUGGAAAUAUUGAAAUAUUUUACAUGCUUUUAAGCAGGGUUACGGGUAUUUUUUAUUCAAACUGGACCUCAGAUUUUACAGUCAAGUAGAGCUAGAACAGAUGUUUAAUUAUAAAAAAAACAAGAAGCUUUUCCAUAUACAGAAAGGAAAUGUUAUUUCUUAUUUGUGUUACGUGUUCGAUGUGUAUCAUUUUGUUAUUGUAUUUAAACUUUAUACUGAUAUUAGAAAACAUACAUAGAUAAGGUUUUAUUAUCUAAGACCAAUUGUGAUAAAAAAUGUAAAAAUAUUUACCUCUCAAAAUACUAGUGUAAAUAGAAAACUAGCAAGUUUAGUAUUUACUGCUAUAGAUUUAAAGACAUUUUUAUACUAUACAUAUAGUUAUACCCUCCACAAGCUUUGUUCGUUGUAUUGUAUUGUGUUUCAUUUACUGAUAGUUGUUACAAUUAUACUUAUUUAUUGAUAUUUGGUUGAUCAUAGACUAAGAACUAUCAGAUACAUAUUUUACUGCUUGUUAGCGCAUGUACCAAGUGUCAUAUGUAUUUAGAAUAAACUUUUAAAUGUAUAAUAUUUAUGGCGUUGCUUUACUUUUCGAUACAUGUCAUUCGGAACUCCUCGGUCUUUUUCCAUCGAAAACAACCUCGGAUGUAUGUGGACGGCUUACAAUGUCAGCACUCUUAAUAUUAAAGUACGA